AUGUCGACUUGGGAUGCUUCACUAAAAGCCUUGAAAGACAAGGUCCCUGAUGCGGCCGAGCCCGGCGCUGCUGCUACCCUCGAUGCGCGCAUCGCAAUUGCCGAAAAAGAAUUCGACGCUACCCUCGUUUGGCUCGUCCUAUGUGCAGACGGCACUAAGAUUCAUAUUAAAACCAACGGAGUGCAGCACGACGGGGAGGGUCUCUGUCCGAGGAUUGGAACUGGCGCUUUCAAAGGAUUCCAGACUAGUCAAUUCUUCGGCCCUUACAACCUCUUGAUCACCGCAACAACUGUGACGUUGUCCAAUCCGUGGGGCAUUGUUUACAAAGGCAUUGGUUAUGCUCAGCCUGCCAUCCGUGGGUCCUGGUCAGUCGUCUUUUAG